AGUUCUCCGCACGGGGACGAUAUAGACCGUGACACUGAGGGUCCUAUGUGGUACGUCCACGCUCCUCCCAGUUUUAGUAGACGGGUUGAAUCAUCAUCCUCAUACAAAGAGAGAACGAACGGUUCAAGCGACGAUCUAUUUUAUCCCUAUAUCCAACAAUAUUCAGCCUACAGUCUUAAGUUGUAUUUUGUGGUGCUUGGGAAAUUCUCGACGGGGAUUUCUUGCCUUGGAUCUUUGUUUAAAAAUCACCUAAUGGAAAUAUGCCUGCACCACUGAGGACGUCUAUUGUUUCCUAUCUGGUGAUCGUGUUGCUGGAGUAUUGUUGGGAAGCGGAGUCUGUGCAGCUUUCCUAUUCCGUGUUCGAGGAAGUGAAUCCUGGAACAUCAGUUGGAAAUAUCGCUAAGGAUUUAAACCUCAGCCUCCAGGAUUUGGAAUCACGUAUGUUUCAGAUUGUUAGUGGGUCAAAGAGGAAAUAUUUUGAGGUGAAUGUAAAGAGCGGCGUUCUCUACGUUAAUGAAAGAAUAGACAGAGAGGAGCUGUGUGCGAAAGCCACAAAAUGCACUGUCAGUGUCGAAGCUGUGAUAAACAACCCACUGAAGCUGUAUCGCUUAGAAAUAAAUAUACAAGAUGUGAACGACAACGACCCGUUAUUCACGGAAAAGACUCAAAUUAUAGACAUAGCAGAGAAUACUCUGCCUGGAAUGAAAUUCGCGUUGUCGGAGGCCGUCGAUGCAGAUGUAGGCAAGAACACGGUCAAUGCGUUUAAAUUAACACCGAACGAAUAUUUUUCUAUCGCAACAAACAAAGGAGGCGAAAGCGUGUCGGCUGAGUUAGUAUUACAAAAGGCGCUGGAUCGAGAAAACAGCCUGUGAUACACCUCACUGUCACCGCUAUAGAUGGAGGGACUCCCCCGAGAUCUGGUACAUCGCAGGUCACUAUACACGUUUUGGACAUUAACGAUAACCCUCCUGUG